UAACAAACCAACAGUGAGUGCAUUGUUGGACGAAAUUACUGUACAUUCAGUGCUUCACUGGUUGUUGUAAUCAUAGGUCUAAUCAAUGCAUUAAACGCCCAUUAAUUGCAGUCAUUUGCCUCUCAUUACAGCUAAUGAUUGACUCGUUUAGCGAUUUAAUUGUCAUUUAAAUCACAUCCGAAACACAUUUAGUAAUUGUCUGUCAUUUGCAUUGAAGUGAAGUAACCCAUAAACCAUCAACUGAUCCAAAAUGGCUUUGAGUGACGCAGACGUUCAGAAACAGAUCAAACAUAUGAUGGCUUUCAUAGAACAAGAGGCCAAUGAAAAGGCGGAAGAGAUCGACGCCAAGGCUGAGGAGGAAUUCAAUAUAGAAAAGGGUCGACUCGUGACCGAACAGAGGCUGAAGAUAAUGGACUUCUACGAGAAGAAGGAGAAACAAGUGGAGCUCCAGAGGAGAAUUCAGAACAGUCAUAUGCAAAACGGGGCGCGACUUAAGGUCUUGAAGUCUCGUGAGGAGCACAUCCGCAAUGUGGCCGAAGAGGCGCGACAUAAGCUCCUCGAAGUGACCAAAGAUCACAACUUGUAUCAGAAGGUUCUUCAGAAACUUAUCUCUCAGGGUUUGUUUCAACUCUUGGAGAAACAAGUGAUCAUUCGUUGUCGACAACAAGACAUCCGUCUCGUGCAGAAUGUGUUGAGUUUAUCGGCUCAGGAGUACAAGGAUGCCACCGGUCGGGACGUGGAGUUGAAGUUAGACAACGAUAACUUCAUUGCAUCGGACAGUUGUGGUGGAGUGGAACUGAUUACAAAUAAGGGCAAAACCAAAGUGACAAACACUCUGGAGAGUCGUCUGGAACUGAUUAGUCAGCAAUUGUUGCCUGAAAUGAGAACCGCUCUCUUCGGCCGUAAUGUGAACCGAAAAUUCAAUGAUUAGACACUCAAUGCUAACCAUAAUAACCAUGCUGAUAAUGUUAACCAUGUUAAUAACAUUCCAAUUAUUCUAUUGAUUCAAUUGAUUAUUAAUCGGAAAUAUUCGCAAAGUUUUUAUUUUUUAUCUUAAAUAUAAAUUUAGAUUUUAUUCAAAAUAGUUUCAAACAAUUCUAUGUAAUUCUAGUCCAGAUAUUCUAUCCAUUAUAUGCUGGGACUUGACUUUAAACGGAUUAUAAGUUAAUAUGAUAUUAAAAGUGUACUGGUAAUAUAAUUAAAGACAAUUCAUGUUUCAAAUGUUUGAAUGCAAGUAAACGUGUUAUGUAUUUGAUUGAAGACUAUUAAUAGUUGUCUUAAUCAAUGUGUGGAUUAGUUUGCAUUUAAUUGAUUUUGUAAAUAAAUUGUAUUCACAAU